GUUAAUACAUUGUACAAUAACGGAACCAACAACCAACAUUAUGCAGCUUGUAAAAAUAACUACUGUUAUUUACAUUUUAUUUUUUAAAUAUUGCUACACGUAUGUCAUUGAAAAAGUAACCAAAGCAUUACAGCAUGCGGAAGGACCUUUUUGGUGUCCAGAAACUAGAAAUCUACUUUAUGUAGAUACAUUUAAGUCAACUUUACAUCGAAUAAACAUAGACAACAAAAAAGAAAAACAGCCUAUAUUACUUAAGAACCACCGUUCGAUCGGUUUCGUUAUACCCAUAAACUGUACAAAGGAAAGAUACUUGGUAUUUGCCGAUCACGAUGUAUAUGAUUUAAGGUGGUCUUCAAAUAUGACACUACUCAAAAAAAUUCUGACAAUAGAAGAGAAUAAACCAAAGAAUCAAUUUAAUGAAGGAAAGGCUGAUAACAGAGGCAGAGUUUGGGCAGGAACUUUAACAAGAAUGGAAAACUUGGGGGUAGCAUUAGGUGGUGGCAGUUUAUACAUGAUCGAUAAUAAACUAAAAGUUAAUCUUAAAUUAACUAAUUUGAGCAUCAGCAAUGGAUUAGUUUGGAAUAAGAAUUUCACCAAGUUCUAUUUUAUUGACAGCCAGACCAAGAACGUAGACGAGUAUAAUUACAAAGAGAAGUCAGGGACUAUAUCUAAGAGAAGGACUGUUAUAAACAUUGAAGAUGCCGGUUUUGAAGGUAUUCCGGAUGGAUUGAACAUAGAUCUGAAUGGUAAUUUAUGGGUAGCAUUAUUUGGAGGCCAUUAUGUGCUCCAGGUCCAUCCCGUAACAGGAGAAAUAAUCCGUAAAAUAAAGAUGCCCGCCACAUACAUUACGUCGGUUAUAUGGGGUGGAAAUAACUUCGAAACCUUGUUCGUGUCGACAUCCCGUCUUUGGCUUAACAGAGAGCAAUUAGAGAAAGAACCGGAUGCUGGCAGUAUAUUUGCAGUUAAGGGUUUAGGAGUAAAAGGUCUUAGGUUAAAUAUGGCUAAAAUUAAAAAUAUGAAAGCUUAAAAGUUGUUUUUUUUUGUAUUUAAAAGUUACUAAUUUAUACUUUUCGUAAUUGUAUCGUAAUUUUUGUAAUUUUCGUAAUUUAUACGUCUAGAAAUAUACAUAUUUAUUUUUU